CUGUAGGUAUAUACCAACAAGUGACGCUUUCUUAGAAUGAAAUUUUCAUUUUAAUAAAGCAAUUCAAUUAACCUUAUCAAUUUUAUAGGUUGUUCAUAAUAUUUUUGUGUAAUUUAAACCUUGCUUUAAGUCACAAUGCUGAGACAUAUAACAUUACUGAUAUUGAACGUAUUAUCAGUAUACUCAAAACCGGACGUUUUAAUGACUGAACAUUUAAAAUUUGCGAAAGUGCGUGCAGUGUGUUCGAAAGUUGACGUUAUCUGUAAAAGUAAUUCAAGUAAUGUUUGUGCGGUGCGAUUAACUCAGGAAAUUAUGGAUUACAGGGAUUUUGAAAACACGUGCUUUUUGUAUAUGACCAAUAUGUGUGAUAAUCCUGCGCAAGAAUACGCCAUCGUUGUAUCUGGAUCAUGUAGCGAGUUCUUAAACAUCCGGAGAAGUAAUGUAAUAAACGCCCCAAUAGUUAAAAAGGCAGAACGAAACUCAACAAUCAAGUUUCAAUUUAAUACCACCCAACAACGAAAGGGUUUCAAACAUUUGCGAGCCCAUCCAGAGACAACAUGGAGCACCCUCUACGACAUAGAGACAGCAUUUGACUACCACCUCUGCCCCAUGUCCUGUCCAAACACAUAUGAUCCUGUGUGUGUCGCUGUCAACCGAGGCCAUGGAUUGUAUUUUAAGUUCUACACAUUCGUGAACCACUGUGCGGGUGAUUUGUACUAUUGCAAACAUUGGGAAGAAUUCAGUCCACCACCAGAUGAAGGGGAAUUGGUGAAAAGUUCUCCGCUUAGCUGGUCUUAUUGUGCAUCUAAUAAAUAUAUUCAAUACGCACGAUUUAGUGAGGUAACAUCAUCCAUGGGGUAUUAUGGAUGGCUGGCGGGCGACUAUAAAUACAGCCACAUUAUGGAGCCUCAUGAACGAAUUCCCGGCCAUGGAUAAUUUAAGAUUAAAAUUGUAUAUGCAAGAUUAUUAAUUGUAAAAAUUUAAUUACUCUGAAAUAACUAAAUUGUAUGUAAAUGAUCAGUCUAUGUUAGUCAAUAAAUAAUUAUAAGUUAAAAUACAUAACAGUUAUGGAAAUGACAGACAGUUCUAUAAAUAUCGUUGGCUAAUUCACUAGCGAACUAUUAUAAUUAAUUUUGUUACGCAAUGCUUAUUAAUUCACAAAAAAAAAAAAUUAUGUUUCGUAUUAUUACGACACCAUUUCAAAUUUAAUGCAGUGCUGUCAACAAAACAAAAGAAAAUGUAGAUGAAAAAUAGAAAAGUAACGAUACGUUUUGCUAUGAAAAACAUAAAAGGCGCUCCGUGGACAUAGGUGGAACUAGACAGAGACACGACUAUACAUUGUUCGAAUUAAAAUAUAUAAAUAUAAUAAUAAUACUUGAUAAAACUUGCGUUAAGGCCUAGAAAAAGGCUGGUAAACCACAACACUAGGAUUGUCUAGCUCUAGGAUAAAAUGAAAAUAAUACCUGAUUUUAUUUUAUAUUUAUUGGAUUUUAUUUUUGCUCUCAAACAUCACACAUGUCACAAUGAGGACAAUCAGAUACUUAUAUAAUACUAGCUGACCGGGCUAACGUCG